UUACACGUCAUAUUAUUAUUUCCUACAUCCGAAUUAUUGAGUUAUAAAAUGUUAGAUGAUAGACAAAUAUUUUAAAACUGUUGGAAUUUUUUAGAACUAUUCUAUAGUUAACUUUUUUAAUUUGUCAAUGUUAGGUUUGAAUUAUUUUCAAAUUAUUUUAUAAAUAAUAAAAUGGGAAGUGCAUCAAGUACACCAAUACCUGGAGGAGGAACAGAAGGAUAUCAUGUUUUAAAAGUUCAGGAUAACUCACCUGGUCAAAUCGCAGGAUUAGAAGCAUUUUUCGAUUUUAUUUUAGCAAUCGAUAAUGUUAGACUUGAUAAAGAUAAUGAUACUCUAAAGGAAAUGUUAAAAAAUGGUGAUGAUAAAGAACUAACAUUAUCAGUAUAUAGUAGUAAGACUCAAACUGUCAGAGAAAUUAAAAUCAUUCCUAAUAGCAAUUGGGGUGGACAAGGUUUAUUAGGUGUUAGCAUACGCUUUUGUUCAUUUGCUGGGGCCAAUGAAAAUGUUUGGCAUAUUUUGGAUGUUCAUCCAAAUUCUCCAGCUGAUAAAGCUGGACUAAAACCUUAUACAGAUUACAUUAUUGGUUCUGAUUCAAUUAUGCAUGAAAGUGAAGAUUUAUUUAUGCUAAUAGAAGCACACGAGGGCCGACCAUUAAAAUUAUAUGUGUAUAAUGUUGAUUUAGAUUCUUGUCGGGAAAUUUCUAUUACGCCUGAUUCAAAUUGGCCCGGAGAUGGAAGUUUAGGAUGUGGAAUGGGAUAUGGCUACCUUCACAGAAUUCCUAUACGAACAAUACCACAAAAUAAAGAUAUUCCUGCACCUCCUAUUAUAAAACCAGCUGUUAUAAACAAUGUUAUGGCAUCGGCAGCUCAUGUACCUCAAACUAUUAAUCCACCAGUUCUAACACCACAAUCGGAAAAUAAUCAUUUGACGUCUGAAUCAACUGUUGGACCUUACCAGGAUCAAAAAAUUACUGUAGUCAACAAUCUUAGUAGUUCAAUGACACCCAUUAAUAUUAAUAUUAAUUCCGAGGGAUCAAAAGGCUUACCCCAAGACCAACAAGUUACUUUGUCAGACACUAUUUCAGCAACAUCUCAAGUACCAACAUUUCAAAAUCAUUCAAUCUCAAAUACUCAACUAUCAACUUCUCAGUAUUACAUGCAUCAACAAGGGCCAAUACCUGAAUUGAUGAAACCUUAUGUUUUGACCCCUGAAGUAAAAGUUUUAUCACAAUACACAUCUGAAAAUUCAGUACCAACUAUAACUCAAAAUGUAAUGACAUCACCAAUUUCUUCAACACAAUCCAAUCAAAUAACAAAUGAUCAAUAUGCACCUCAAAAUAAUCAUGUUCUAUUUAACACAAAUAAUUCAAUUAGUAAUGAUUCAUUAAGUACUAUGGAACCACAAGAUAAAAACUCAAAAAGUAUAAGUAAUUAUUUUACACAAAAUCCACAGCAAACCUUUCAAAAUAAUUCGGACACAAUACCGAUGUUCUCAGUGAAGAAUUUCCCACAAAUGUCUCCUUUGACUCAACCUCUAGGAAAUAGUUAUUCUGGAAUAUCUGUACCUCAACCACCAAUUCAACCACAAACAAUUGGUCCUUAUUCAGGAAUGCCACUGACUACUCCAAUAUCAUUACCUGGUAUGCCCCCUAUAACUGUUAGUGCUACUCUACCAUAUUCAGCAUUUGAGAGCUUACAAAUUGAUCAGAAGAAAAAUAAUCCAAACAAAGAAUGACGAUCCCCACUGCUAUCAUGACGACGUUUUUCACCACCAGAUGACCUGUGUUUAUUUCCAUGAUGAUUACUGCUACUUGAUUUGUAAUGAGAUGAAGAUUUACUUUUAGAUGGACUAAAAUAAUAAUAAAAUUAAAAUUUUAAUAUGAAAUUCAAUAUUUUAAAUAACUGAAUAAACAAUGUCUUACAUUUUAAACAUAAUAAUAGUAAAUAAAUACUAAAUUAGUGCUUUUAUUUUAUUAUUAAGAUUAACUUAUUUGUAAUUAAUUGAGUAUUGACCAUCAUAUAGAUUAAUCCUAUUAUCAUGAACUACUUAAUUACUUACAAAAUAAAUAGAAUAUUGAAAAAAACAUUUUUUAUUUUUUUAAUUUAAUACAUUUGUUUAAAACAAAAGAUUUAAAAAAUAAUUAAUUAUUUUAAUCAUGCCACAAAGCACAAGUCUCUUUUUUUAAGAGUGGUUGUACUAACUCUCUAAUAUACACAUUUAGAUUAACAACCUAGCAUUUGUUUCAAUAAAACAUAUUACAAGGCUAAUAAAAAAAAAAAACCCCCAGCACAAAGAG